ACGUAUGCCUUGUGUACCGGAAGUAAAUGUUGAGAACUGAUGUGUAUCGGGAAUUAUUUCAGCCCACGGUGUGAAAGAAGAUGGACACACUACAUAAACUAAAACAAUUUGAUGCCUAUCCGAAAACUCUUGAGGAUUUCCGAAUUAAAACAUGCGGCGGAGCUACGGUCACCAUCAUAAGUGGUCUCAUCAUGUUGAUCCUGUUCUUCUCAGAGUUGCAGUAUUAUCUCACUAAAGAGGUCCAUCCUGAAUUGUUUGUGGACACAUCACGAGGAGACAAACUGAAAAUCAACAUUAAUGUGAUAUUUCCUAACAUGCCGUGUGCCUAUCUCAGCAUUGAUGCCAUGGAUGUUGCUGGAGAGCAGCAGUUGGAUGUGGAGCACAACCUGUUCAAGCAAAGGCUCGACAAGGAUGGCAAUCCUGUCACUACAGAGGCAGAGAAACAUGAUUUGGGACAAGAGGAAGGUGAAAUUUUUGACCCUAGUAAGCUAGAUCCUGAGCGGUGUGAAAGCUGCUAUGGAGCAGAGACGGAGGAUUUGAAGUGCUGUAACACCUGUGAUGACGUACGGGAAGCGUAUCGCAGGCGGGGCUGGGCCUUCAAGAACCCUGACACCAUCGAGCAGUGCAAGAGGGAGGGCUUCAGCCAGAAGAUGCAGGAGCAGAAGAAUGAGGGCUGCCAGAUUUAUGGCUUUCUUGAGGUCAACAAGGUGGCAGGAAAUUUCCACUUUGCCCCUGGAAAGAGUUUCCAGCAGUCCCAUGUUCAUGUUCAUGAUCUGCAGAGCUUUGGACUAGACAACAUCAACAUGACUCACUUGAUCAAGCAUCUAUCCUUUGGGAGGGACUACCCUGGUAUCGUCAAUCCUUUGGAUGGCACCGAUGUUGCGGCACCACAAGCUUCCAUGAUGUAUCAGUACUUUGUGAAGAUUGUCCCAACCAUCUAUGUGAAAUGGGAUGGAGAGGUGGUUAAAACAAACCAAUUCUCUGUAACGCGACAUGAGAAAGUAGCCAAUGGGUUGAUCGGAGACCAGGGCCUACCUGGUGUGUUUGUAUUAUAUGAACUCUCCCCUAUGAUGGUCAAAUUCACAGAGAAACAGAGAUCAUUCACUCAUUUUCUUACAGGACUGUGUGCCAUCGUAGGAGGUGUAUUUACAGUGGCUGGACUAAUUGAUUCCUUGAUAUACCACUCGGCAAAAGCCAUCCAGAAGAAGAUUGAACUAGGCAAGGCAUCUUAGUGAAGUGUUUUGCACAAGGGCAAACCAGACUGUUCAUCAUUCUCCGCAAGGGCCUAUCUGUAAAAGGGAAGUGACUACAAACUGAUGCUAACUAACAUGGCAAUAAACAAAAUCAGAAUAAUCUCCCUCAAUAUGGAAAGGAAAUUUGACCGCUAAGUCUCCCAUUAGUUAUUUUUGUUUUUACAUCCCUUAUCCAUACAAAGAAUGAAAGACCGAAUCACUGGACAGAAGAGUGAUUUAACUGAUGUUUUUGAUCACAUUUGAUUCAUCCCCAGUCCAAGCACAUUGUAUCUAUCAGUUGCUUCCCAUAUACACGUAACAAAUAUAAACACAACAUGGGAACAAUUUCAAAGAUUGUACUGACUUACAGUACAUAUAAGGAAAAGUCAAUCGAAAUAAAUUCAUUUGGCGCUAAUCUGGAUUUCACAUGACUGGGAAUACUGAUAUGCAUCUGGUCAGAGAUGCCUUAAAAAAAAGGUAGGGGCGUGGAUCAGAACCAGUCAGUAUAUGGUGUGACCACCAUUUGCAUCAUGUAGAGCAACAUCUCUUUCGCAUAGAGUUGAUCAAGCUGUUGAUUGCAGUCUGUGGAAUGUUGUCCCACUCCUCUUCAAUAACUAAUUACAAAGGCAGACUAACUAAACGGAGCACAGAGAUAUAUAUAUAUAUAUAUAUAUACACACGCAGGAACUGGAACACGCUGUCUUAAACGUUGAUCCAGGGCAUCCCAAACAUGCACAAUGGGUGACGUGCAGGCCAUGGAAGAACUGGGACAUGUUCAGCUUCCAGGAAUUGUGUAUAGAUCCUUGUAACAUGGGGCUGUGCAUUAUCAUGCUGAAACAGGAGUGACAAUGGACCUCAGGAUCUUGUCAUGACAUUCAACUUGCCAUCAGUGAGAAAAAAAAAGAAACCUGCGCAAUGUUCUUGCUAGUAUCACUGCUCUUUAGCUUUAUGUAUCGGCCUCAAGGUCUUCAUCACUGCUUUAAAAAGUAGUUGUGUUAGUUGUCUGUAGCUUAUGCCUGCCGAAACCAUAACCCCACCGCCACCAUGGGGCACUCAGCAAACCACUCACCCACAUAACGCCAUACACGCUGUCUGCCAUCUGCCCGAUACAGUUGAAAUCGGGAUUCAAGAGCACACUUCUCCAGCGUGCCAGUGGCCACUGCAGUCAGGUCAAGACCGUGGUGAGGAUGACGCGCAUGCAGAUGAGCUUCCCUGAGACGGUUUCCGACAGUUUGUGCAGAAAUUCUUCGGUUGUGCAAACCUACAGUUUCAUCAGCUGUCUGGGCUGCUGGUCUCCGACGAUUCCACAGGUGAAGAAGCUGGAUGUGGAGGUCCUGGGCUGGCGUGGUUGCGAGGCCGGUCAGAUAUACUGCCAAAUUCUCUAAAACAUGAACUUGACAUUUUUUGGCAACUGCUCUGGUGGACAUUCCUGCAGUCAUCAUGCCAAUUGCACACUCCCUCAACUUGCGAGAUCUGUGGUUUUGUAUAAUGUAACAAAGCUGUACUUUAAGUGGCCUUUAAUUUUCCCCAGCACACGUUGUACCUGUGUAAUGAUCAUGCUGUUUAAUCAGCUUCUUGAUUCAGGUGGAUGGAUUAUCUUGGCAAAGGAGAAAUGCUCAAACAGUGAUGUAAACAAAGUUGUGCACAACAUUUGAGAGAAAUAAGCUUUUUGUGCUUAUUUCUGGGAUAUUGUAUUUCAGCUCAUUAAACAUGGGACCAACACUUUACAUGUUGCGCUUAUUUUUGUUCAGUGUAUAUACCUUUUUGCCAUUCUCAUCUACCCUAAAUGUACUGUCGUGGACAUGUUUAUCCCAUCCCUUUAAUUUCUGAUCUCUUUGAUCAAUCAUGGACCCUUCAUUUACAUAAUUAUUUGCUAUGACAUUGGACCCGAGCAGGUUGAAUGUGUGUUCAAGGGUGUAUUCAUUACUGCAAAAAGUUUUGCUUUAGAAGACUUUUUGCAACUGAAAUGAGUCUUAUUUGAAAAUUAAUUUAGGUCCCUCCCAGUUUUGUCUCGUUUGGUUCCUAGUGAAUACACCCCAGAUUGAUGGAAUCUCUGACCGUCGUUGAGAGGACUACUUAAGGAGACCAAAUGAUGCAGUUUAUUGUUAUUUUGUUGUGAUUGCACAUUUUGAGAUCCAAUUCAGGGGCCUGUGUUGAGUGAAAGUGUGUGAGCGCAUGUGUACAGCUUAUUGUGUGUGUGGGAGAGACGUAUUUAUAUUUUGAGAAUCCUCAACGGUUUUUAAAAUGACAAAAUAAAUGUUGAAUACACCAGCCUGUAA